AUGUACAUCAACUCCUUCCAGCAUCUCGUUCUGGUCUUCAUCGUCUUCGGCAUUGGAAUCCAGCCGUCGAAGACUCAACAUGUCCCACCGGAGCAAUGCGCCACGGGUGUUCACGCCAUUCUCCUUCGGGGCCAGGGCCCUGGCGAUCACCUAAAUGUGAUGGUGUCGCUUCAGAACCUGAUUCUACAACUGAUUCCAGGAUCCAGCAGUGUCGCAUUACCUUACAAGCACGGUGAUGAUGACCAUCGUCUCGCUGGCGCCAAUGGCGCCAUCAUGAUGCAGCAGUAUAUUCGAUUCUACGUGGCCAGCUGUCCGAAAUCAAAGAUUUACCUCCACGGCUAUUCCCUGUCGAUCGAAGCUGGGUCUAAGUUCCCGAUCCUAGUGAUUGCUGCCGUGUCAUAUGGCGAAGAAACAUUUGUUCCCGGGCAGCCCUGGAACGUCGGCAAUUGUGUUGAUGGGACCGGCAUCUAUCCGCGCAUACACCCCGAGACCUGUGCUCCAUUUGCAUCGUCACUUCAAAGCUAUUGUGACGAAGAUGAUUCUACUUGCUGUCUACGACUCCCGCCACCGAGCAAUCUCGCACACUUUCUUUAUAUUUUUAGAUACAACAUGGACGUACUCCACUUUGUGCAGCGCCGACUGAAUGAGACUCAAGCCCAGGCCCUUUGA